AUGUCAAGCUCGCAAAUGGUCAAUGUCACAUUUGACGAUUUUGAUCCUAUCGUAUCAUAUGCUGAUUUAAGUCAAUGGUCAACUCCGAAUCCACAAGAUAAUCCAACGUGGUAUAAAGCAAAUGAGAGUGAAACAGGUUUACCAUGGCAUCAAGCUACAUUACAUUACACAACGGUCAAAGGGGCCGAAUUGUCAUUGGAUUUUUCGACAACUGAAAUAACAUUGUAUGGGGCAUUAAAUGUCACUUCACCUACAUAUACCGUAACGCUAGAUGGCAACUCUGUAAAUCUCACUCCUGCUUCAGUUCAAGGUAGAGGUGUUAUUUACGGAGCAUCAAACCUCGCUCAAUCAUCACAUACUUUAACUCUGACAAAUCAAGGAGACGGAUUAGGUCUGGAUAUGAUAGUUUUAGGAUAUGAUUUAGGUUCAGAUUUGAAAAAUACUACGAUUGAUGAUGGUCAGAGUGAUAUCAGGUAUACAGGUAGUUGGACAAGUGAAAAUGGUGAUUUCUAUAAUGGGACAAGUAUAUAUACCCAAGGACCCAAUAACUCGUUUGAAUUCGACUUCGAAGGAUCAGCUUUAUACGUUUACGGAGACUCAGUACAAGAUCACGGAUUAUUCUCGAUAUACUUUAAUGGUUCUUCUACUCCUUAUGGAACUUGGGAUUCAAGAACACCAUGUGGUGGUCAAUCGGAUUAUGGAAAGAAAUGUGAAAAAUUAGGUAGUAUAAAAGCAUUUAUUGGUAAUCUGCCACCUGGUCAACAUACCUGUAAACUCGUCAAUGAGGGUCCAGACGGUACCAACGCUACUUUCUUUGAUUUCGAUUAUGUUGAAUAUUCUACCCCUUCCACUUACCCGUCGUUCACUAUCAACGCUACAUGCUCAAAUGGAUUCUGCAGCAAUUCAGUAUCAAGUGGAAACAGUUCGUCAGGUUCUGCUACCCCUACUUCAGGUGCAAGUUCGGUUACAAGUGGAAGCAGUGCGUCUCCCAGUGCUAGUAGCUCAAGUGGAGCUUCAAGUGGGGCAACUACGAAUGCUGGAGUAGGAAAUGCUUUGUUGUUCGGUGUGAUGGGAAUGUGGAUUUUGAAGAAGCUCGGUCUCAGCGCAUUGUAA